AUGGGCAAACGUGGCGUUGGCCGGCCAAGGCUUGCGGUGGCGGCGCGACGGAAAGGGGGGGAGCGAACAAUAGUCACUCAAGCGAUCAUGGAAUCAAAAGAGCAGCAAGUAGGGGACCAUGAAAGACAAGACACAUUGGAAUCACAAGAACACCAAGCAGGAGAACAUGAAGGGCAAGACGCCACUCGUAAGGAAAAGGAGAUACCGGAUAUGGAACCUCCUAUGUCGAUGGAGAGCGAGAUUGAAAUGCCAGGGGUUGAGGUGCCAGAGACUGUGCAACUAAGGAAACCCUGGGUAGAUGUCAUAAGAGGCAAUAGAAGAAUCAAUAGAGUGGUGAGUAUGGAGUAUAUCCCACCCACGAUUGUCGAUGGCGAAGUGGAAGUAAAAAUUGAAGAAUCUGAUGUCGAAGACGAGCUCGAGUUUUGGUCGAAUUCGAUUAUAUUAUUUGCCCUAGGAGAUUCUCUGUCAAUGAAUGCAGUCAAGAAGUUCAUGGAGAAGAAUUGGAACUCGGUUUCGCUACCAGAGCUGUAUUACAAUGAGGAAGGAUAUUUUAUAGUGCGAUUCAGGAACCAAGAGGAUAGAGAGCAUGUGCUAGCUCAGGGCCCGUAUUUCAUUUAUGGGAAGCCAUUGUUCUUAAGACAAUGGAGCUCAGAUUUUGAGAUGAAAGAGGACAUAUUGUGGGUUAUGCCGUUGUGGGUCACAUUUCCCCAAUUGCCCCUUCACCUGUGGGGAGAGAAAUGCUUGGCUAAGAUAGCAAGCUCCAUUGGAAAACCAAUUACAAUGGAUGAAUGUACAACAAAGAAGCUAAGGGUCUCAUAUGCCCGAAUGUUGGUGGAGGUAGAUGUUACACAAAAACUUCGAAACAGCAUCAACGUCAGGGAUCAUAACAACAAGCUUGUCCAACAAUGUAUUGAGUAUGAAUGGGUACCCAAAUAUUGCCAUAAAUGCCUGAAAAUAGGGCAUGACUGUGCACUGAAGAAGCCAAUGAACCACCAAGUCAAGAAGAUAUGGCAACCAGUUGGGAAUUUACAGAAGUCAGAGCCUUCCCAAGGGGACCAAACUCAAAGGGGAGAGGUUCAGCCAGUCAUAAUGGUAGCAGAGAAACCAAUAGAAGAAGAGGGUACUAGCACAGACUGGACUAUGGUGGCAGAAAAGGACAGAGAGACUAGAGUUAAAGAAGAUAAGGCUGCUGGAAUAAGAAGAUAUUAUGAAAAUAAGUGGUGUUUUGAAGAUAACUAUGACAAACACUAUAAUGGUAGGAUCUGGCUUCUGUGGAAUAAAGCUGAAGUGAUUAUUAGGAUGAUUCAAGUCCAUGAACAAUUUCUGCACUUUGAGGUUUAUGGAAUAGAUAACUCCUUUCGAUAUGUUGCUACAAUGAUUUAUGCCUUCAAUCAAGUGGAACAUAGGAAAACAUUGUGGAGCAAGUUGGAAAGUCUGGGAAGCAAUAUGGAUAGGCCCUGGGUUGUCAUUGGGGACUUUAAUAAUGUCUUGAAGGAGGAGGAUAGAAUUGGUGGGCAACCAGUUAGUUAUGCAGAAUAUAGAGAUCUAGAUGAGAUGAUGCACAAUGUUAGCUUGUUUGAAAAUGUUUCCAAAGGAAGCUACUUCACCUGGUCCAACAAACACACCCAAGGAAUCAUCCACUCAAGAAUUGAUAGAAUGGUGUCUAACAUCCAGUGGUUGCAGAAGUAUCCUGAUGCUGUAGUGGAAAACUUGGCACCUAAUAUUUCUGAUCAUACCCCUGUCAAAGUUAGUGUUAGCCAACAACAGAUAAGGAAGGGAUCGAUGUUUAAAUUCCUGAAUUGUAGUGUUAAAGAGCCUACCUAUAUGCAGAUUGUGAAGAACAGUUGGCAAGAAGAGGUGAUAGAGGAAAAUAUAUUGAAGCAGAAAGCCAAGGUGAAUUGGUUACAACUAGGAGAUGGUAAUAAUGCUUUUUAUCAUGCCUAUGUGAGGGACAGAAACAAGCAAAAGGGGAUGUAUUCUUUGGAGUCUGUAAAUGGAGGUAGCCUAAGCAAACCAGAAGAUAUAGAAGAAGAAGUUUUGCAAUUCUAUGACAAACUGGUAGGUACUAAAUCCCUGAACCUGAGAUGUAUCGAUAUUACCACUGUAAGGAAUGGUAAAACUCUUGAUAGAGAGAGUGCUUGUCAGCUGAUAAGAUCUGUUGAGGAAGGGGAAGUGUGGAGUGCUCUGAAAAGUAUAGGCCAGAAUAAGGCACCGGGGGUGGAUGGAUUCAACGCUUACUUCUUCACAGCUACAUGGCAAAUUGUGAAAAAUGAUGUGACAGCUGCAGUUAAAGAAUUUUUUCAUAAUGGAAAGAUGCUGAAGGUUUUUAGCUGCUCCUUGGUAACUCUUAUCCCCAAAAAUCCUGAUGCUAAAACUGUUAAGGAUAUGAGGCCUAUAGCUUGCUGUAGUACAAUUUACAAGAUUAUAUCAAAAAUCCUAACAACUAGACUGGGUAAGGUGAUCAGUAAGCUGGUGGAUGAAUCACAAUCUGCUUUUGUUCCAGGUAGACACAUACAGGACAACAUUAUCUUGGCUCAAGAACUGAUUAAAGGGUAUAACAGGAAGAAUAUUUCUCCGAGGUGCAUGGUUCAGAUGGAUAUUCAAAAGGCGUAUGAUACGAUUGACUGGAAUGCUUUAGCUCAGAUUAUGCAAGAGAUGGGGAUACCUCAGAUGUUCAGAAAUUGGGUAAUGGAAUGUGUAACCACUACUUCUUAUCGGUUCAAUAUCAAUGGGAGUCCCUCAAAAGUUCUGGAAGCAAAAAGGGGAUUGAGACAGGGAGAUCCCAUCUCCCCCCUCUUAUUUGUGCUGGUGAUGGAAUACCUUCAUAGGAUGUUCCAAAACUUGAAUAAUAAUCCAAACUUCAAUUUUCACCCAAAAUGUGAAAAAUUGAAGCUUAUCGACAUGUGUUUUGCUGAUGAUAUUGUGAUUUUUGCGAGAGGGGAUGUUGGUUCUCUUCAACUCAUUAUGCAGGUGGUGGAAAAAUUCACUAACUCAACUGGCUUGCAAAUGAGCAUUCCUAAAAGCAAGUUAUUUGUGGGAGGGGUAGAUGGCAUAACUAAAGGAAACUUGCAGCAAGCAACUGGAUUCUCUUUGGGGCAGCUUCCAGUCAAGUAUCUUGGAGUGCCUCUGAACAGUAGAAAGCUCACCAUCAACAACUGUCAAGGGCUGCUAGAUAGAAUGACUGUUAGAAUUAACCAUUGGUGUAGCCGUCUGUUGUCGUAUGCAGGUAAAUUACAGUUGGUGAGAAGUGUGAUGUUUGCUAUAACCAAUUAUUGGAUGCAAAUUUUUCUUCUACCCAAAAAGAUCAUUAGGCUCAUUGAAAGCAUGUGUAGAAGAUUCAUUUGGGCUGGAAAUGACGAGAAGAGUAAAAGAGCGCCGGUGGCCUGGGACCAUGCUAAUAAUAUGUAUAGCACUCGAAGAAUGUAUCGGCAUCUGCGUGGGGACAAGCCAAGAGUUGAUUGGAGGAGGUUAAUGUACAUAAACAUGGCUAGACCAAGGGCUGUUUUUACUCUUUGGCUGGAAAAUAGAUGCCAUUUAUUCUUUGAGUGUGCAAUCACAAAGAAGAUUUGGAAGGAGAUUCUUAAUAGGCUUGGGCUUGGUUAUAUCCAUAUUGAUUGGAAUGAGCAUACUGCUUGGCAACAAGCCAAAGGGAAGGGCAACAAAAUGCGUAUUUUCAAAGCUGCGCUGGCUGAAACGGUAUACCACAUUUGGUGGGUGAGAAACAGGAUUUGUUUCCAACAAGGGAGGAAGGAAGAGCUUCAAAGCCAACAUAUUCAUGACAUACUUAUGGAUAGAUUUAGAAUGAAUAGAAAAUUGACAGCGUAUUGUAAUAGCCUUUAG